UUUAUUUAUUUAUUUUUAACAAAAAUAAAAUGCUUCUAGGUCCUCCACCAAGUUAUUCAGAAGCAAUUUCAUCAUUAUCUUCUUCAUCUUCUACUAACCAACCACAACAACAAAUAUUUUCAAUUACUCAAUAUACUCCUCCUCCAAGUUAUUCUGGAAGAGGAAGAGAAUUAAAUACAUCAACACCAAGACAAAAUACAAGAACAUCACAACAACAACAACAACAAAAUACUAGACAUAAUUUGUCUUGUAAUUCUCGUUUAAAUAAUAAUUGUUGUAGUAGCAAUCAAAGAAAUAAUAAUAGUAAAUUAAAUUAA